GCUGGCAAUUUUUUUUAUAGAAAGAAAAGAUGAACCUCACGUUCUGUAGAUACAUCAAACAGCGUCGCCACGUGCAGCAACCAAGUCUCUUUUUUCGGCGGCGGCGGCACCACCACCAUCACCCCCUACCUACAAAAUUCUAUUAUCGCCGCGUCUUCAAUUGACACCCUACCGCCAGACGAACCUUCUUUUCGUGUUAUCUGUUUGCAGCAGUUUAUUUCAGACUCUUGGUUUUAGUCAGUCUUAUGCCAUUGUCCAAUUGAAGUUUAUGAAGACUUCUGCUGAGUAGCAUCAUCAUCUUUUGCUGCCACAUACUUUUAUCAAAUAAUGGCUGUUUCUGGUUCUUUGCAACUAUCCCUUCAAUUGGGAAUUUGCAAGAACCAUGAACGCAGCAAACGAUUUCAGAAUACAACAGGAGAAGGCCAAUUAUGUUUAUUGGACACUAAUCUAUCAACAUUUUCACUGAGACAGAAUUCUUGGAGUGCAUAUUUUUUGAAGACUAGGGACAAACGAGAAUACACUGUCCCAGGUAGAUAUCAUCAGUUCAAGUGCCACUCUUUUAUAAAACCAGGCCCUUCGUGGGAUGCUACCUAUGUAAAGAAUGCCACUCUAACUCUAGCAAGAUCAUUUCAUCCUUCACAAGGAAGUCCUCUCGUUAUCAAAUUGGCUUCAGCAGUUGGUAUCAUUGUUUUUGCAAUAUGGGGACUUGGCCCGAUCGUGUGUCAAAGCAGAAACUUAUUGCUCCAUAAGAGUGAUAGUAGUUGGAAAAGGAGUAGCACAUAUCAUGUUUUGACAUCUUAUGUUCAACCUUUGCUGCUAUGGACUGGAGCAAUCUUCAUCUGCAGAGCAUUGGAUCCAAUGGUUCUUCCAACAGAAGCUAGUCAAGUUGUCAAGCAGCGUCUCCUUAAUUUUUUCAGAUCCUUGUCAACAGUUUUGGCUUUUGCUUAUUGCUUAUCAAGUGUAAUUCAACAAGCACAAAAAUUCUUCAUGGAGACAAAUGGCCCUGCUGAUACUAGAAAUGUAUAUUCCUACUCUUUGCAUCAUGCUAUGUGAUUUCUCCAUCAAUUU